UAACCAAAAUUUAACACGCAAUGCUGAACUCACAAAGAUAUUCCUACGUGAACACCCCGAAAUAAUUAUCACCAGAGCUGACAAAGGCCAUACUACUAUUGCAAUAGAGAAAGACACGUACAUAGAAAAAAUGGAGACAUUACUUAAUGACAAGAACACAUACAUUACAAUUAAGAAAGAUCCUACUAAAAAACUAAUUAGUAAUCUACAUAGUUUAUUAGUAGAAUGGAAGAAAUCGAAUUACAUCGACAAUUCGAUUUAUAAAAGACUCAAUUGUACAGAUGGCACACUACCAAGAGCAUACGGUUUACCUAAGAUCCACAAACAAGAUUGCCCACUCCGCAUAAUUGUCUCUUCAGUAGACAGUCCACUCUAUGCCUUUUCGGCCUUUUUACAUAAUAUCAUUAAAUCAUCCAUUCCUAAACCAGAGAGCCACAUCCUCAAUAGCUUCGAUUUAGUCAACAAACUUAAUGGACUACAUAUCCAAGAAACACAUGACCUGAUCUCAUUAGAUGUAGUUUCUCUUUUCACUAAUAUACCUUUGGACUUAGCAGAGGAGAGUAUCGCAAACAGAUGGACAUACAUAUCCGAUAACUGCUCGAUUCCUCGCGACGAAUUCUUAAGAGCUAUUCGCACGGUACUGAAAUCGACUUAUUUUUCCUUCAAUUUCAUAAUCUAUCAACAGACAUUUGGCACACCCAUGGGGUCUCCGUUGUCACCAAUCAUUGCAGACAUCACUAUGCAAGACUUAGAGUGCAAAGCGAUGGAGACUCUCAGAUUUAGGCCCAUGUUUUACAUAAGAUACGUAGACGAUAUUGCUAUGUCGGUCCCCUCCACCAUGAAAUCUUCAACUCCUUCCAUCCGAGACUACAAUUCACCAUGGAGGAGGGAACAAACAGAAAAUUGAAUUUCCUUGACACAACAAUUAACAUUAGAGACAACCAAAUAGAAUUCGACUGGUACCAGAAACCUACACACUCCGGUAGAUAUUUAAAUUUUGACUCUGCUCACCCUCUUUGCCACAAAAAAGGUACUAUAAUCUGCUUAAUCGAUCACGCACUGUUACUUUCACAUCCAAGAUACCAUCAAAAGAAUCUAGAGCUUGUGAUUAACACCUUAUUACAAAACAAUUAUCCUCUUCCUCUUAUCUUUAAUACCCUCAACAGAAGGCUAAAAACUUUUUUAAAAAAUCAGAAUACGAUACACAUAGAUAAUAAUACAGUUAACACAGCUACCAAAAAAUUCUUCAACAUACCGUACAUUCCUAGAUUCUCCCAUCAAUUUAAACAAGUUCUCCAAGAUCUUAAUAUUACUCUUUCUUUUACCAGUAUGAACAAACUGAGUCGGGUUAUCAAAGCACAUAAAGAUCCUCUUCCUAAAAGUGCUCAAAAAAAUGUAGUGUAUAAAAUCUCGUGCAAAGACUGUGACGCUUCGUAUGUGGGCCAAACAGGUAGAUUAUUAAAUACGAGAACUAAAGAACAUCGCAAUCACAUUAAUAGAAAUACCCAACAACAGUCAGUAAUUACUGAACACAGACUCUUAGGCCAUGAAUUUGAUUGGGACAACGUUGACAUUCUAGAUAGAGAGACAUUUUUAUAUAAACGACUAAUUUCUGAAAUGAUUCAUAUAAAAAGACAAAAGUCUAGACUUAACUUACAGACCGAUACCGAUCUUUUAAAUACAUAUGACCACAUUAUUGACAACAUGGAUGAUAUUUAAAAAUUUGACACUAACAUAUAGUUACAUUACCAACUCAAAUAUUGUUAUGGCAAUCCUGCUACACCGAAUAGACUUAUAUCUUCGCAUUACCACCAGUCAUUGUCAAUUGUUAUUUACCACUCGUCGUGACUGUCCUCUCUUAACUUGGGUGAGUUAUCACAUUUUAAAGUUUAACGAACAAUUUUACGAAAUAGAUUCUUAAACUUUUAGAAUUAUCAAUUAUACAAAUCGCACUCUUUACCUGGCAAACACCAGUUCAAAGACAAAAUUGCGUUGAUAAUAGAUGACAGUCGUGUGAACAGUGGAUCAGAUUAAGUCUAAUUAUUUAUAAUCAGCUUCACUGAGGAUGACCCAAAAACGGGUCGAAACGUUUGGAUCUUUUAAUAAAGUGUGUUUUUUCAAAAAACAUCGAUAAUUUCGCACG